AUGCUUCCCCAAUUAAGACGUGUUACAUCUAUGGAGCUUGGUUGUGAUCCAAAAGGCUAUUCACAUGCUGGAAAUAACACCACAGUUUGGUAUUUUGCUGUUCUUAUUGGAAGACAAACCACAGACUCCCUAAAAUGCGUUAAGGUCCAAGAGAUACUAUCAGCUGGUGAAAAUGUAAAUCAAAUUGACCAACACCAAGCUGCCAUGUCAGCAUUGAAGGAAAAAAGACUCACAUUUGCCUGGGUGGAUAGUGAAGCACAAAAGGAGAAAACGCAGAUGACAUCUGUGGACCGAAUGGCAGGUGCAAACAUUCCAUCUUUGGCUGCUAUGGAGCAGACUCGAAUGCUAGCACACACUUUAGCUCAGAACACCAAUCCAAAGUUUCAGGAACUGACUGUAAUUGAUGAUCUUCUAUCUGCUUUAGUUGGAAUUGAGGGACCAUAUAUUUCUAUCAAUAGAGUUGGAGGGAAUGAUAACUCUAUUAUCUUCAAUGUUGACGGAUCUAUGGAUUUGGCACUCCAGGGUGCUGCAAAUAUAAAAGUGGCAGGAAUAAAUAUGAACAACAAGAGCAGCCGGUCACAUAGUGUUUUCACCUGUUGGUUCUCAAAGAUUACAAACACCAAUUUCCUUCAAACAACAGAAGAUCUAGAGUUUAAAUGGGUGAUUGAAGGUGAUGGAUGUAAACUUGAUUCUGGAACUCUCAGUCUACCAACAUUAGAGUUUAAUUGGGUGAUUGAAGGUGAUUUUGGUUCUUGA